GGCCAGUUUCUCAAAGCUCUGUUAAAUUUAACCGUCCGUUAAAUCCACUAACGCACGGUUAAAUUUAACCUUUGUGUUAAAUUCUGUUGCUCAAAAUUAACGCUCACUUUAACUGCCACUUUAACAGCUGAAUCUGUCUGUUAAUUUAAUCAAGGUUUGAACCUCCGUUAAAAUUUAACAGAGGAAUCAAAUAUGGCUGCUUUCAUGUUAGUUCCUAUUAGAAGAGAACGUCAGUUUCGCUAUACCUCGCAUUUACAUGAAAUGACUGACAGUGAAAUGAUACGCAGGUAUAGAUUUAGUAAUGAAGGUGUGAAUUAUAUUGUAAAUUUACUAGAAAAUGACAUAAAAAGGAGUACGAAAAGAAACCAUGCCAUUUCACCACGUACCCAGGUGUUGCUAGCAUUAAGAUUCUUUGCAUCUGGUUCCAUGUAUGAAGUCAUUGGGGAUACCUGCGGAUUUAGCAAAAGUACAGUGUCAAGAGCGUUUGACAGUGUCACAGAUGCACUAGUAAGUCACAUCCAUGAGUUUGUGAGCUGGCCACAUGAGGAAAAAAAGAAAAUUUCUUCACACUUUUACGAUAUCGCCGGCUUUCCUAAUGUAAUCGGCUGCAUUGACGGCACACAUGUGAGGGCACCAAAGACCGAUGAGGCCUCCUUCGUAAACAGAAAAGGCUAUCAUAGUAUUUCUGUACAAGCUGUCUCUGAUAAUGAAGGUAAAUUCACGAGUGUAAAUGCAAGUUGGCCAGGUUCUUGCCAUGACAGUCAUGUUUUCAGAACAUCGGGGCUUUGUCAGCGUCUUGAGAAAGAAAACAAAAGUUUUUCAGAUGGGGUCCUUCUCGGUGAUAGCGGGUAUCCAUGUAGACCUUUCCUAAUGACACCAUUCUUGGCGACAGAUACAGUUGGAAAAAUGCGCUACCAAGAGAGUCACACAAAGACACGUGUAACUAUAGAGAGAGCUUUUGGACAGUUGAAGCGUCGCUUUCAUGUUCUUCAUUCAGAGAUGCGGCUUGCUCCUGCUAAGGUGUGUCGAGUUGUUACUGCAUGUGUUAUCUUGCAUAACAUAGCUCAUUUUCUUCAUGAAUCAGAUGUAGAGGAGUUUGAAGAAAAUGACUUGGAUGUCGGCAAUGAAAGAUGUUUAAACGAUAGGCGAGAUGGGGCAGCAGUUAGAGAGUUUUUCGUACAGCAAUAUUUUGCUUGA